CUAGUUACCACAGCCACAAAGUAUAUUCGCUAUCGUAAAAAUGAAUGAAAACCAAAAUUGUUUUUUGUCUAAAUUUUACGGUUAGGCUUAGGUUCAAAUUCAGAUUUUAAGAAGAGAAAUUGUAGAAACAGAAGGGGUUUAGUCAUAAUUAUGACUUUGUGGCUAUGGUAACAACCACGUCCCUCAUGAUAUCAACGUUACUGUAGCUGGCUAGCUAGCUACAUCAAAGAAAAUAUAGUCAGAUAACGUUAACAUUCAUUAUACUGUCAAGAUGACUGCUUUUAACGUCCGCUGAUGGGAACUGUCCUAUGAGGAACAGGCUGAUCAGCACUAAGGACAGAGGGAAACCCAUUAGCUUCCUGACAACAACAAUAUGAGGAUUUCAAAGCGCUGUGGCUCCAACAGACGUUUCUUGGUGCCCUUGAUGGUACUUGGGUUAAUGAUCUCACUGGCAGUUGUAACCCUUCAUUGGUUUGAUACUGACUCACAGAUGCCUUUGGCAUGCCACGUGGAUCCCAACCACCGAAAGCUUGUGCACUCUUUUGUACGGGACAUUCUUUCAAACAAGUGCAGACCAGCCUUUGCCAGAAAGGGAGUGGAAGCAAGGCUCCAGAUCUCUAGUCAUGUGACUGAUCCUUUCCUGUGGCGGGACACACCGCUGACUCCAGAAAUGUUCAUAUACCCCCCACCAUUCGGGUUCCGUGGCAUGCGUGGCAAACUGAAGGAUGUCCUCAACCUCCUCCCUGCUCCAUCAGAGCAGCUGAAGAAGGAGUGCAGACGCUGUGUGGUCAUGGGAAAUGGAGGAAUCCUCCGUGGCCUGGAGCUUGGCACCCUGCUUGACCAGUUUGAUGUUGUCAUUAGGCUAAAUAGUGGUCCUUUGAGGAACUACAGUAAAGAUGUGGGGAACCGGACCUCCAUCCGGAUGAGCUACCCAGAGGGAAGCCCCAAGGUCUGGGAGGAUGUGGACCCUGAGCUGCAGUUUGUGGCGGUGGUCUACAAGGCUGUAGACUUCAAGUGGAUCAGAGCAAUGAUCAACAGACAAAGAGUUUCACUUUGGGACUGGCUGUUUUUCUGGCAGAAGGUGCCAGAGGAGAUUCCAGUAGACUUAUCAAAGUUCCGUGUGUUGAAUCUGGAGAUCAUCAGGCAGAUGGCGAUGGAUCUGUUGGCCUUCCCCUCCCCACAGUCACGCCUCUGGGGCUGGGACCAGAACGUGCCCACCAUGGGCAUCUCAGCCCUCAACCUGGCCACCUACCUGUGUGACGAGGUCAGCCUAGCAGGCUUUGGCUACAACCUCAGCCAGAAGGAGAUGCCAUUGCAUUACUAUGACAAUAUACCCAUGACAGCUAUGCUGGAGCAGAACAUGCACAACGUGGCCCGUGAGAGGGCUCUCCUCCAGAGCCUGGUGAGGGAAGGGACUGUAUCAGACCUUACAGGGGGCCUUCACUGCACUUUCUGCCCCAGCUGAAAGAGACUGUUUGUGGCCUGCAGCGUAGCUAGCUGCACACCAACGAUCUACCUUCCCACUGGCUUAUCAUUCCAAUACUUUUCACCCUGAGAACAGCGUUCUGAUUUAAUUCCAUGGAAUUCAAAAAGUUGAUUGAGUCUAUGAAUCUGGGGACUUGACUGCAAACUCUAUGUCCUAGUGCAUGCCAGCAUGUUGAAUCUGCAUGGACUAGAUGUGUCCAACAUGAUGGGGAACAGUGAAGCUGUGCACUUCUCCCCUGCUCAGCUGAAAACUACAGGCCUGAAGCAGUACUAGUACAGCUUUUACAAAUCCCUCUGUAAUGAGAGUAUUAUCGCUGCUAAACUUAAAUAUGUUUUUUGUAUUUAUUAAGAGCUAAUUAAUCAUUACUAAUAAGAUCUUAGCAUAAAGUUAAUGCUAAAAAGUGUAAAAACAUUUCCAUAAAUAUUGUGAAGUAUGAAUUAACACUACCUUUGUUAUUUUUUUAUGGUUUCGAUUUUAAGUUGAAUGUACAGUUUGUCCACGAGAUGUCUGAACUUGGUUGUGUUUUUAAAUUUUUCUAAUGUAAUCAUUAGAUUCGUUUUUAUUAUAAUAAUCACUUUCACUGAUUCCUUCCAAACCACUCAUUGUUGAAUUUGUGAUUUCCAACUUGUGUAAUGUUUAUGUCCAAUGGCCGA